CGUACAGUACCCUCACCCAGAUCUCAGGUAUAAGUAGCAGACGGAUGUCUUCAUGGGAAGGAAGGUAAAAAAAGGGGAUGUGGGUGGGUGAGCGAAAAAAAAAAACACCAGCAACCAGGGAGGGAAGCAGACCUGUCUGGUGGAAGGGGGCACGAUAACAACCACAGCAGCUAGCGCUGACAGUGGUGGAAAAGUGUUUUUUGCAUCCGGUUUUUGGGAAGGGCCACGGGAUGAUGUCGUUGUGCUGGGUUGGUUGGUUCGGCGGCUACACUAUCUACUACCCCCUGAGGGCUGAGCUGAGCUGAGCCUGACACCCCCCCUCCCCCCUCCCUGAGAGACCCAAUUUCUCUGAUCUAUCCAAAAGAUAUAUAACCCGUGCACCACCCUCGGACGGGGGACAUGGAACAAGGCUUGGGGGGCAGGCAAGGCUGGAAGAGCCGGAUGGGUGCAUGGGUAUGGACAGCGGUGACCGGCUAACCGCGACUACAGCUAGCUCAAGGGGAGCUACGGAUCGUCGCGUUGCGACGGGGACGCUCUCCGUACGAGCCGGGAUGUCUCAAAACGGCAGAUACCCAAAGCGACGAGUCGGUGAGGCAUUUCCCGAGGGGGGCCGCCAGCAGGAGGAGGGAAAACAACUCGCAACUGGCCGCCGCAGCUCUCCUUCCAGCCGACGAGGGCAAACCUGCUUGCGUCUCAGGGUGGGAAUUUUCUGGCUCAGCAACUCCGGCGCUGGUGGAGCCGCAUGCCCGAUUCGGCCCGGUUUGAUUGCGACCGAGAAGCUGGCUCAAAUUUAGCUGGCCAUGACGCUGUGUGAUUGGCUGUCUGACCUCCGCCAAGUGGGGAGGUGUACCACUCUAUCGGACCCAGUUGGAUGCAGGGACCCACCCGCACGUCUGGUUUUUUUGCGCCCUCCCGCCUGGUUUGCACGGCCCCGGUGGAAAAUUUUGCAUACCGUAGCUUGUCUCUGAGCGUCAGUUUCCAGAGGG